GUAACCACAGAUUAUCAUAUCUGUAGUGCCAACGAGAAAAAGUCACGCAAAUGUCAGAAUAAAUUGUAAGAUAUAUUAUAUUGCUCUAAGAAACACUGUGUUGAAGAAGUAAUAAAAAUGAACUCAAACAAAACAACGGAGUCGGUCUAUGCCCGUCCGCCCAGACCGAUGACGUAUGGACGACUUAAUACAUGGGCAGAAAUGCCCGACCCAGGGCAGCUUGUACUGUUUAUGUCAGCUGAGAGAAAACAACUGGAACAGUUUUUACAAUCGGAUCAAAUCUCUCCUAAAAUGUUUUCUCUGCUGUUGAAAGCUGUAGACCACGCCCUUACAGCUCACCAUCAGAAAUUUGCUCUACAAAAUUUGUUGGAGAUAAUUAGUCAGACCAAGUUUUUUAAUCAACAUUUGGUUCAUUAUUUUUAUAACAUUAGCAUGUCCGACAUGUGGGACACUGGACAUGAAGAGAUGGAAGCCAGUUCAAGAAUUGUUCGAACUUUUGUGGAGAUUCUACCAUCCAAACUUUCAACAGGCUUCGCUUGUGUGACACAGCUGGCUAACAUUUUAAACACGGCUCAAGAAUUUAACGGAAAAAAUAAGCUUUUGGAAGAUUUGAAAAGUAUUAGUGAUUUAGCGAAGAAAAUACACAGCUCUAAAAAGCUAAAUGCUAUAACCCAAUCAGGAAAACAAUUGCCCCAAGACGACAACGUGAAACCACCUGAUGACUUUAGAACUGUGAAAGUAGUUCCAGCAUUGAGUGAUUUUAAAGAAAAUGGGGCGAUUUUUAUCCGUCCUUCUAAAUCAAAGGGCGUUUACGAUGACGUUUCUCAGUAUUUAGAUAUUCAGUUCAGGCUGAUGAGGGAAGAUUUUCUCAUUCCGUUGCGUCAAGGGAUAUCAGAACUGAGAAAACAUGGAACUAACAGGCAUUGGAAAACUGGCGAUUUAAAUCUUAGAUUGUACCGUAAUGUUCGUAUUGACGGUUGGGAAUUAGACAGACAUAUUUUAAUUCAUUGGAUCAGCUUUGAUACAGCGCAAACAAUACGCGUCAAUUGGAAGGGUUCAAAACGACUUAUCAAUGGGUCCGUUGUGUGUCUUUCUAGCGACAAUUUUAAAACAAUGAUAUUUGCCAUAGUAGACUUACGUGAUAAGAAUGACAGAGAAAACGGUUUGGUAUCCGUAGUUGUGGAAAGCGGGUAUGAUGUUAUUUAUAAGAGUCAUCCAGGUGAUGAGUACAUUAUGGCUGAAUCCACGACGCUAUUUGAACCUUACCGUCAUGUAUUAGUGGGACUACAAGCAAGCUACACAGAUCUUCCAUUAACAGAUUACAUCCUCAAGUGUAGGACUGUCUUAAAACCACCGAGGUAUUUGUUAAAUUAUUACAAAAGUCGCACCGUCCCAAAAUACAAUUUAUCUUGUUUGAUGAAAAGUUGCGAGGAUUGGGAAUGUCCAGUACUGACGACAACAAAAUGGCCGCCAUGUGAGAGCAUGUGUUUAAACAAGUCACAAAGAGAAGCCGCCAUCUUAGCCCUGACAAAAGAAAUGGUGCUCAUUCAAGGUCCUCCAGGGACAGGAAAAACGUAUGUAGGUCUCAAGGUCAUGGAGACCAUCAUGAAAAACUUGGAUGUUGUGUUCGGCACUGGGCCAGCCACUCCAAUCUUGAUUGUCUGUUACACGAACCACGCCUUAGAUCAGUUCCUGGAAGGGAUUUUAAAGUUCUGUGACGACGGUAUAGUUAGGGUUGGCGGGGGAAGUAAAAGUGAACAACUUAAGGAGUUUAAUCUCAACGAAAAAAAACAAAGCACUAGAAAAGAGAACUUAUUCAAUGGCAAAUCAGUCAGUGUAUUGAAGAAAGAAAAUCAAGACGAACUAAACAGUAUUAUAAUAAACUUAGACUCAUAUGGCAAUCACAUAGACAAUUUAAAAUUUAGAAUUAUGCAUGAAAACGUUUUAUCAAAAUAUAUGGAUGAACAACACUAUCUAUCCCUGUAUAAAGAUUGUCAAUUUACUGACAACAAAAAGUCCAAGUUAUCACAAUGGCUGCAUGCCCCACACAGCACAACUGAAGAUAACCCACAAACCAUUUUGGAAGAUCUUCUCACCAAGUUGGUAUUAAAAUGGGACCUGGUACUUCCCGACAUGACGGUAACUCUGCCUUGUGAUAUAAUACAGAGAGCCAGCCUUUACUGUACAGUGGCAUCCAGAUACAAGGAAGAUUUAAAAAUCAACAUUGAAAAUAGUUCGGAUGACGAUGAAAUUAAAAGACUUGGAGAAAAAAUGAAUGCAAUGAGCCACCGGUUUUUAAUGGAUCAGGAUAUUCAACUAUAUCUGACAGAUGAAAUAAACAACGAGUUGGUUAAAACACACGUGUCUCACCAUAUGGGACAACUAUUUAAAGUCUGGGUUUUAGGUCUGAACAACGACAACGAAGUUCAGAUACACGAUGCAACAAUAUUGAAGAAUGCUCUACAGGUUCGUGAUUCUGGAUUUUUCAAUGACAACACCAAAAGAUCAAGUGUGACAAAGUCUGGUGGUGAAGAUACUGAGUCAAAUUCUGAAAAAACUGUUUUUUCUAGAGAAGAUUACAGGACUGAGGUUCAAUCGUUAGUUGAGAUUGAAGACUUAUAUGAUUUAGUUGUGAAGGAAUUGGGUGAAAGCAAUUGGAUCAAAGUACAAAGAGUUAAAUCCAAACAUGUUUACAAGUUACUAACAGAAGAUGCCAUGGACGAAAAAACUGCAAAGACUAUCAGUGAUAUUUCCAAAAUAAAAUUAAGAGAACGUUUUUCUCUUUAUAACCUCUGGUGCCGACGCUACCGGGAUGAUUUAAUUAGACAGAUUCAAGAAUGUGUAGAAAAAAUAGAAGAUAUUAAAAAAAGAAUCAAACAAUUGGACGAUGAAGAGAUUUUAUUUAUUUUCAAAACAGCAAAAGUAAUCGGGAUGACAACAACUGGUGCUGCAAAACAUCGAGACGUUCUCCAGGCUGUUGGCUCUAGAAUUGUAGUGGUUGAGGAAGCGGCCGAGGUAUUUGAGUCCCAUAUAAUCACUGCACUGAACCCACAGUGCAACCAUCUGAUCCUGAUUGGUGACCACCAACAGCUGAGGCCGAAACCAAACGUCUACGAGCUGGCCAGACACUACGGUCUAGAGGUUUCCUUGUUUGAGAGACUCAUCAAGAACAACGUCCCGCAUGUUGUGCUUAAGGUACAGCACAGAAUGCGGCCUGAGAUAUCAAAACUUAUGCGUCACAUUUACCCUGAGCUGGAAGACGAUGACUCUGUGUUGAAAUAUGAGCACAUCAGGGGAGUGGGAAAAGAUGUUUUUUUUAUCAACCACAAUUUUAGUGAAUCCCAAGUAGAUGACAGCUUAAGUAAAGAAAACAUACACGAGGCAGUAUACAUAGCGGGACUUUGUAAAUAUCUUAUUAACAAAAACCAUAGUCCCAGUUCAAUUACAAUACUUACAACUUAUACAGGGCAGGUAAUAGCUAUAAGAAACCACGUUAAAAAGUUAGGUAUCGAUCGCAGUGUGCGAAUCGUUGCAGUUGAUGACUUCCAAGGAGAAGAAAACGAUAUCAUUCUACUUUCUCUUGUAAGAAGCAAUGAAGAUGAAAAUGUUGGAUUCUUGAAGGUGGACAACAGGAUCUGUGUAGCUUUGUCUAGAGCAAAAAAAGGUUUGUAUGUUAUUGGGAACUUUGAUCUAUUAGCCUCUCAGAGCAAGCUGUGGUCAAAAAUUGUCAGUGCUGCCAAAAAGGAGAAAAUGUUUGGUGAAGGUCUUCCCAUAUUUUGUCGAAAUCAUCCUGAAAAUAAAAUUGAAAUAAAAACUGCUCAUGAAUUCAUAACACUUACACAUAGUGGAUGUGGGUUGAAAUGUGAAAAAUUGCUUUCUUGCGGACAUUCGUGUGCAUUGCCUUGCCAUUCGUAUGAUUUAGACCAAAAAAUACACACAUGUAGUGAACCUUGCUCUAAAACCUGUAGCGAAGGCCACCCUUGUACCAAACAAUGUGCAAUGGAAUGUGGACAAUGCCAGUUUCCUGUUUUAAAAUCUCUACCUUGUGGACAUGAUGUAGAGAUCCCAUGUGGCAAGAAACCAGAAGAAUAUAUUUGUCUAAGUCAAUGUUCUUCUGUUCUACAAUGUUCUCAUCAAUGUUCUGGAAAAUGUGGGGAUUGUUUAAAAUCUAAACAACACAAACAAUGUCAAGUUCUUGUAAACCAUACAUUUUCCUGUGGUGAUGUAGCUGAGAUGCCAUGUUACAAGACCAAGUCAGACCCAGCUUGCAAGAGAGUGUGUGGAACUAUUUUAGACUGCAAGCACAGUUGUACUGGAACAUGUUCUACUUGUUCAAGUGACAAACAUGUCGUCUGUUCUGUUCAGGUCAGUUACACCUGGACGUGUGGUCACGUAGAUGACAUACCUUGUCAUGUAAGCCACCAGACCAGCUUCCAAUGUAAUAAGAAAUGUUGUUUUACCUUAAAAUGUACUCACAAGUGUGUUGGAAAUUGCUUAAAUUGUGCCAACAAUGGUCACAGUCCCUGUAAAGAAAUCUGUGGACAAGUGUUAAAGUGUGGACAUUGCUGUACCGGUGUAUGUAGUGAUUGCUUAGAUGGUCAGCAUGUCGCAUGCAAUCAGGUAUGUGGUCAAGUGUUGCCAUGUGAGCAUAAAUGUCAGGGCAAGUGUCGACUGUGUGAUUUAGAUGGUCAUCUUCAGUGUACAGAGUUAUGUCAGAGUACACUUACAUGCGGCCAUCAAUGUCAGGGUAAAUGUGGAGUUUGUUCCCAGAGCUCACACCCAACAUGUUUACAAGAAUGUCAGAAAAAACUACCAUGUGGACACAAGUGUAGGGGAAAAUGUGGGGAUUGUAAAGAAAGCGAAGCACACCCUCAGUGUCAAGACAAGUGCAACAAGACACUACCUUGUGGACAUAAGUGUAUUGGAAAUUGUAGCAAAUGUUAUGAAAGAAAAACACACGAAGAAUGUCAAGACAAAUGCAGCCAGAUUCUACCAUGCGGUCACACGUGUGUAGGGAAAUGUGGCGAGUGUAAUGAAAGAAAAACACAUCAAGAAUGUGGAGCCAGGUGCAACAAGAUUCCAUUAUGUGGUCAUGCGUGUCCUAGUAAAUGUGGUCAACCCUGUCCACCCUGCCAACAGCCAUGUCCUAAUUCCUGCAGACACAGAUCUUGUCGUACAAACAAGAACAAACCUUUAUGUGGUGAGCUAUGUCAGCCGUGCAUGAAGAAACUUGUCAUCGAGUGUCCACAUCAGAAGAUGACAAAAUUGUGUAAAGAAAUGUGGCAAACACCCCCAUGUGAGAUGAAGUGUACCAAAACCCUGAAAAUGUUCUUACUAAAAAAUGGCAAACCGUAUUUUUGUAGACAUCCAUGCUCUGGUUUGUGUAACGAAAUUUGCGUCUGUACCAUUUGUGAACGCAUUUUCCCGAUUGAUAAAAAUAUUUUAAUUCCCAAUAUAAAUGAAAGAACAGAAUCUGAGCGAUUAGUAUUGAAGAUUCCAUCAUGUUCUCAUAUUUUCUAUGUCGAUGAACUGGAUAAAUACAUGAAAACGUUUGACCAAAAUGGCACAGAAUAUAUUGGUUGUCCUGAAUGUUCACAUCCCAUUAUGAACUGUUUGAGGUAUGACAACAUUUUAAAGGAGCGGCGUGUAAGAAGAGAAGCACUGAAACAACUUUCUGGUGCUAUUGGUGGAUCUCAUCUUGUGGAAGAAAUCAAAGAAAUAAAACAAAGUCCAGAUCUCAGAGCUGAUGAACAAACAAACUCUAUCAAUAACGACUCUCAGAAUUCAAUGAUAGUUCAACUUACUUCAGCAAGUGAACAGAGGUUUAGUGAUAACUUUGGGGAUAGUGAUGCUACUAUACUCAAAGCUCAAGGAGAAACCUUACGCAAAAUCAUUCGAUUCCAAAAUAGAAAAGACGUUCGAACUGUAAAUCCCCGCCAAUUCAGAUCUCAGUCGUCUAUGGAAAACACAACGAGAGAAAAUUCAGCCUCACUCAACUGGAGACGACGUGGUCCUGAAUCGUCUGGUCAAGAAGGCUCCUGGAGAAUGUCCAGCAGUAGCUACACGACGAGAGGCAAAUCUGAUCAAGCAUCGUGGAGACUGGACACAGGAGCUUCGGGAGGCAGAGACUUCUCUGAUUGGCUAGCUAAGCGGAAGUCGUCAACCAGCUCAGCCAAUGAAGAAAAUACACUGGUGUCGGAGAAAGAGGAGAAUAAAUAAGUUCGCAAAAGUAAUUUUAGAAUUUUACAAGUCAUCAGCAGAAAUAGUUUUAAAAAAUCAUUUCACUUAUUUAAACAGUAUGAAAAAUUAAUAACAACAUCGAUACCCACAUUUCUAUAAAUCUAUUCGUAAACAUUUUUUUUUUCAUUUCUCUGGAUAUUUAAAUGUAUAAAUGUACUUUUGUUUUAAACAUUAAUUAUUGCUUUCAUUAUUAUGCUUUUAUUAAUAUUUUUUACUUUCUUGUAUAGAGAAAGUCAUGUAAUCGUGCAAAAAAAAAAAUCGAGAUUUUUACAAAUCGCGACGUUUUACACCUCACUGAUACGGAAAAACAUAAUUUUGCAAUCUUGUCCGUAUGUCUGUGUGUCUGUGU